AUGCUCAGAGACAAUGAAACACCAUCGGACAAUUCUGACGACUCUGCGAAAUUCUCCAUCAAUUUGUCUGACGCAAGUGGAACUACAGAAGAAGAAUCUCCUGUCGCAUCUCCAAAAGACAAUCGCGAAAAACUGGAAAUGGAUGCCGAAAGAGCUGAGAAGCAAGAGCAGAGUAGGCGCUCGAGCAAAGGUGAGCGAAAACGUCGUAAGUCUCAACCACUCUCCAAUACAACUUCACCAACAGACAAAAAUCCUGAUGUUGAGAGCGAGCAGGACAACGCGGGCUUUGUGAACAAUCAAAACACAACUGAAGUCCUGAACGAAGCCGCACGUCGUCUAGUCGAAACGAAAGUCAGAGAUUUGAAGAAUGAACAGAAAAAGAAGCAGGAUAUCACAUUCAAUCUAGAGAAUCCCGAGCAGAUCUUGAAAGAGGCUCCCAGUGAACCGGAUUUAAAGACAGUAGGCAACAAUGUUGAUGAGGCUACUCUGUUCAAAUCGAAACCAAAAAUACUCGAAAGUUCAAGAUUGAUCAAACUUAAUCCAACAAACAAGGUACCCGGAGUCUCUGUUCCCAGCAAACCAAUGCAAGUUACUCCUGUUAAUGUCAAUGUGAACAAUGAGAGUUCAGAUGUGACCGAAAAUGUAACAAAUGAUGAUGACGUCCCAGUUGCUCAAGAGAGUGGGAAUCAAGAAAACUGUAAGUGA